GGAGAUCUGCUGCAAGUGGGUAUUGAGUCCAUCUGUAACAUUUGUGUGGCCCUCUCAAAUGCACAUGUUGAUCAAAACACUGGUAAAUGUAUCAGUUAUGGUCAUAUCAGGGAGCACAUUGAGAAUGCUGAGAAGUACAUGAGUAUGGCAGAGAACAUGAUAAAAAAAGCGCUGGGAAACUUGGAUGAAAGCAUGGAAUGCCUUGUGAAAGAGAUGGGACGAAUUGAGCAAGAAGAGAAAGAGAAAAAUCAGUCCAUGGAGAAACUAGAACAUGACUUGUCUUUGCACAAAAAGAUAUUGGAUCAAUCGAAGAGUGCUUUGGAGAAGGCAGAAAAAACCCUAGAGUCUGAAAAUGAAACUUUGAAGAAAGAAGAAACAAAUGUGAACUCAUGUCAAAAAUUGUCAAUUGCAGGGGGGACGCUUCUUGCAAUACCAUUUUUUUUUACACAGAUUGCUGGUCUAACUAUGUUAUGUGUGGGACUGCGGGGAAGGCACAAUGCAAAAGAUGUCAUUAGUACUGCAAAGGAGGAGAUUACAAAGGCAGAAUCUCAUGUGAAGAAAUACAACAGUAAAGUGUCUGACUAUCAAUCCAGGAUCUCUGAGGCUCAGAAAGAAAUUGACGAAACUAGAACAUAUCUGAAGAACAUUCAGAAGGAGAUUGACGAGCUGAAGGAGAAUACAGUGGAGGUAGCAAAAAUACAGACAAUGGUCAGAGAAGCUGUGCGCCUUCUGAGUAAUCUUAGUGGAAAAGUCACUGUACUGCAAAAGCAAACUCAAUGUUCUAUAUUGUGGAAACCUGUGGUGAAUGUGAUGAAAGAAGUGAUGAUAGCAGCAUCAAAUAUAGCCGAGAAUCAGUUAAUCUUUAGUCAAGGUCUUCCAGGUCUCAUGAAUACUUUGAGAGAGAAUUCUGGUAGAUUGUUGGCUAUACGUAACUCACCCGAAAAUUGUGAAUAACAGCUGGUACUGACAAGCUUCUUUUAAUGUUACAAAUCAUACAGAAAUAAAUAUGUCUUUAGUUAGUGUGUAAUGUUAACGUUACAGCAUGAACAAUAUCUGCAGAAUGAUAUUCAUGACCGUAACAUCAACUCUGAAAACUGUCAUGUGUAAUACACUGAUAUUGUGUGUGUGCGUGCACUUCUAUGAAAAGUCAUUUGAAGUCCUGCUUGCGAAUGUCCCCUGGUCAAUCUGCUUGUUUCAUUAUCCAACUCGGUUCAAUAUAAAACGGCAAAACUAACGCUUCUGUUGUAGUGUUAAUUAAUUUAACGGGUCUGACACCAAUCGGUCCGGUCGCAUUUCCCUCGCCAUAGUAGAAAAGCAAACAUGAUCUCUAACAAAGAUUGACAUUUGCACAUGCACUCCGGUUGUCUGAUAAAGUGAAGUUGACACCAUUGUUGCGGUUUAUUGCUAAAAGCGCCAGGACACGUACCCCUGAGUGUUAGCAGCAAGAUGGCUGAGGAGAAUUGGAGAAACAAAGAAACCGGGAAUAAAACAUGCAAUUAUUUGCUGAAAUUACAAGCAACAGAACCCGACUAAGCUUUACCAAUCAGAGCGUUUUGGAAGGAGGGACUUUAUAUAUACAAGAAGAAAUCCAGUCAUUUUGUUAGAAGAGGGACAGCUGUGAACAAUAGACUUGAAAUCUGUGAAAUAUAAAGCGUUUUUUGAAAUCAGAAACAUGAACAUCUAUUGUUAAAGGUUCUGUGUGUAAGUUUCAGAGGCCACUAUUGGCGAUGCAGGAAAUAGCAAUCUAAAGCUCCGCUACCCCCCUUUCCCUCCCAUUAGAGAAGCUACGGUUGCCAUCACAGGACAAAGGGGUUCCGUAAAUUAUAGCGGCCAUGAUCAGUGGUGUUGAUAAUUGCAAUCUACAUCUCACAGGCAAAAAACAGACUGAAGUUACGGACACAGGACACGUCGUCUAAAA